AUGGCAACCUCCAUCCUCGAAAUCCAGCGCAAUAUCGUUCUAGGCACGAUUCGGGCUACCAGUGGACGAGAUUGGAAAGUCUUGAUCUUGGACGAGCAAAGCAAACGGAUUGUAUACAACGUUUGUAAAGAGGACGAUAUCCUCAACGCCAACAUCACCAACAUCGAACUCCUCGAAGAUCGCAGGCAGACUCUCUCCGACACCGAUGCCAUUUACCUCCUCUCCCCUCUACCGCAUAUCGUCGAAAGCCUCAAGGCUGAUCUUAGCCGAAAGAGAUACCGACGUGCUCAUCUGAUCUGGACCUCACAACUACCAAGAGGUCUUGGAGAAGAGCUGUUUCGCUCAGAGUCUCGGGCACAGUUGAUCGUCGAAUCUCGGACCUUGAAUGUCGAGUAUUUCCCUAGAGAAUGCAACCUGGUCUCAUUCCGACAACCAUGGAGUUUCCACGUCCUCUUCCACCCCGCUUGUGACUCGUUGGUUAAGGACCACUUGGACAGCAUAACCCAGAAAAUCGUGUCAAUAUGUGUCUCCUUGGGCGAGUACCCUCUGAUUCGAUUCUACAAGCCGAGAGACCACCAGAGACAUGCUGCUGAUGUCCUUUGCUACCAUCUUGCCAGUUUCGUGCAGAGCGCAUUGGACGAGUAUGCUCGUGAUCCACGGAACGACUUUCCUCCCCAGAACCCUGGGAACCGGCCACGAGCAGUUCUACUGAUCACAGACCGGUCCAUGGACCUGAUGUCGCCCUUUGUCCACGAAUUGACAUAUCAAGCCAUGGCAAUGGAUCUCUUACCAAUACGAGACGACGAGGACAAGAUAACCUACAGAAACGUCAUCAGGCGAGGUCAACCGGAUCAAGAAGAAAAAGAUGUGGAGAUCACAGAGAAAGACAACCUCUGGGUCGCUCACCGCCACAUGCACAUGAAAGACCUUCUCGUGAAAUUGAGCGAAGAGUUUAGGAAAUUCCAAGCCAAGAAUCCACAAUUUGCCGACAACGAUGGACAACCUGCGAGUAUCAACACCAUCAAGGACAUGUUGGCGGGACUUCCAGAAUUCCAGGAGGGCAAAGAAGCGUUUUCACUUCAUAUCGAUAUGGCUGAAAAAUGCGCAAAAAUCUUUGCGGACCGUAAGCUCCUGGAUGUGGUCUCCGUCGAGCAGUCUCUUGCCACCGGACUCGAUGAGGAGAACAAGAAACCGAAGAAUCUAGCAGAUCAGGUCGUCAGGCUGCUUGACGACGACAGUGUUGUCCACGAGGACCGGGUCCGACUCUUAAUCUUAUACAUCUUGUACAAGAAUGGUAUCUUGAGGGGAGACAUCGAAAAAUUGCGAUGUCACGGCGAACUCUCGCCGAUGGAUGGCGAGAUCAUUUAUAACCUGAUAACUUUGGGUGCUAGGAUUGAGAAGCAAUUGAAAGACGCGACGCCCACCCCAACGCCAUUGUUCCCACCGAAGGUUAGAGAUGUCAGCAAUAUGGAGGAAGUGAGUUUGUCACGAUUCGAGCCUGCUCUGAGGUACAUGCUCGAAGAACAAUGCCAGGGUACAUUGGAUGCAAAUGUGUUCCCUCCCGUGAAGCCACAUCUGAGCGACCCAAACAUGCAGACCGGCGUCUCCCAGACUUCUCUGAGGAAUACAGGCAAACCUACAUGGGCUCAAACGCGCUCUCAAUCCAACAAGCCACGCCAACGCAUCAUUGUGUUCGUGGCUGGCGGGGCGACCUACGCCGAAGCACGGGCCUGCUACGAAGUCUCUCACAUGGCUGGUAAAGAGGUCUUCCUUGCGACGACCCACAUGAUAACACCGAAAAGUUUCCUGCGCCAAGUGAGCCAACUCAGUACUGGGCGAAGGCAACUGGAUUUGCCAGUGGAUCAAGCCGCCCCACGGCUCCCAGCAUGGAUGUCGGAGCCUGCUCAACAGGCCCAGCAGCAACCGAGACCUCAGCAACCUGCUAACGGCAGGCCACCCGACAAGGCUCGACCACCGACUGAAGCCAUGGCAAACAUGAAUCUUGGUGGUAGACCACCACAGAAUGGUGUACGCCCUGGGGUCGGCACAGCCACCGCACCGUCGAAAGCAUCACAACCCCACCAGCCGCCUCCUGCUGAUGGUGGGCACCACAAGCUGAAGAAAGAUAAGGAGAAGAAACACCUAGGGUUGUUCAAGAAGCACUAG